AUGUGUGAUCUGUUUGAGGAAGUUGAAAGAGUAGAGGUCACCAUACAGAAAAAUCUCUUCUUCUGCAAUGUCACGUUUAUCGAACGACCUGAGACUAAAGUUAUUAUUGUUGGUCCGGAUGUACUCUUUUUUGAUGAAACAUUUCGAAAUACUCACUCCUACAAACAUGGUUCCAACAUUUUGCAGGCUUGUGCACCCGCGAAAGCUGUGUUGCUGUUUUUCCUAGAUGAGCAAGGUUUCAUGAGCAUUUACUUACCUGGAGCUUGUGAACCAGCGUAUACUGGGACUAAUCUCGGGAAAAUUCAUGAUUUGCAGCUGGUGACAACGUCUCCGGCUACCUUCGAUCUUCUACUGAGAUCUGAGGACUCUUUUUUAAUAUGCAGAGACUUGAACACAAUGCAGCUUCAUUCAGAGCUCACCGAACGAAAGUUUGAAGAACUAGAAGAGCAUUUCAGAAGUACUCAAAGGAUUUCAGUGGUGGGAAAGGUGUUUUUCUGUAGCUGUUCAAGCCCCGCUUUGCUUUGGAAUAUCCAACUGACUUCUCCUGGCAUUAUAACAGCAUAUACGAAGGAGUCCCACGGGUUCUAUAUUCGAAAUCUUUUUGACCCUUUGUCAGUUAUUGAGGAAGACAUUCGUUUUCGGAAGGUUUCUCUGAUUAGCGAUUCAGUGUACUGUAUGGCUCUUACCAGCUCAGGUCAGCUGUAUUUACUGAACUUAUUUGCGGGAGUGUGCUUGGGUUCUCUCAGCCAGUUUUCCAAUGUCAAUGAUUUCUUCAUUUGCCAAUCAAUCAGCAAGAUCCCAGUCAACAGUACUAGUGAAUACUCUGGACUGUGUGAAGCUACCAUCUUUAUCUUGAGAGAUCUUGAAGAAAAUGACCAGCCGUCCUGCACUGGACCUACGAAACUACUUGAAGUUGUUUUGUUCCCCAGUUAUCAAAUCAUUCACAAAAUACAUGUAACCAAGGAGUCCUGGCUGCUUUCUAAUUAUGAUUUGGGUGACUAUAAAUCCGAAGGAAUUGCUUUGCCUGAAACUAGUGUACUAUAUGCAGAAUUGCAUUCCAAUCAUUCUGAUAAUUCAACAGAAAAUUGUUUGCUAUCUAUCAAGGCACUAAAAGAAACUAAUCCAAAACAGAGAUUAGAACAUCUUCUGAAGUUGGAGAAGUUUGAAGAAGCAAGGUUACUUGUCAAAAGUUUCAACCUUGACUCUUCAGAUUUCCAAUUGGUAGUGUUAACUGAAUUACAGUUUAUUGUGAAUGCCAUUCAUAAACAAGAGGAUGAUGUGAAUCCCCUUUAUGCAAGACUUCUUGAGUGUCUUCAAGAAGUUGAAAUGUUAUGGAAGACUUUGGAAAUUGUUGAUUCGAUUGCAGAAAUUACCAUACCCAAUUCAGAUGAUCAAAUGAAAUUACUUCUGAUAUUGAAAGAAAAGCUAAUAACUGACAAUCUUGAAAGCAUCUCUCCUGAACAUCAAGAAAGGGGAACUAAAGUUCUUCGUUUACUCAAACGUUUGAAGGCAUUUCUUUUAAUUUAUCGGUCCUCUUCUUAUACACCAGAAGCGUGGAUUACAUUUCGAGAUGCAAAUGUUGAUGCUCUAUUUACUAAUCUUUCUAUAUCGAAAUUACAACAUGAUCAGGCAGCCUCACUGGAUCAAGCAUUUUUGUUAUGGAUGAUGUACAAGGGUGAAUUGACACAAUUUUUAACUUGGGAUUCCUUGAAAAUCCUAUGCAGUACACUAUCCAAGCGACCUUUGACCUACACACUUUCAUGUGAAUUUACUGACGAGCAUAAUUCUAGAGAAAGUGAAUUGAUCGAGUCUGAAGAAGCUGUUCAUAAUUGGUUACGAAAUGAACUGUUGCCUCUUAUGAUAAAACAAUGUCCAGAUACCUUGCCACUUUUGGUAGACUUUCUUGUUAGUCGUGUAAGAGAUUUGGAGGCUUGUUCACUGAAAUCACCGUCUGGUAAUCAUAGACGAGAUGAAAAAGUAAAAUGUCCUUUUCCAUGGCCAUCUACAGCUAUCUCUUGGAUAAAUAACUUCUUGGAAUCUGUUAAUAUACCAGAAUCGAAUAGUGAAGAAAACAGUAUAAAUACUAUAGCAUUAUCAGAUUUAUACUUUUCUGGCUUGGCAAGUCGUAAUCCUGAUUUGGAUCCAUUUUAUAAGCUGAGAAAAUUGGCUGGACAGUUGGAUACUAUUAAACGUUUAUCAGAUGUCUACAAUUUCCACCUGUCUAUCGACAGUUGUGAAGACGAAACUGACCUGUCUAUUGCUUAUGGUUUUCUUGAUACAGCCUUCAAUCUUAGUAUUCCUUUUGAUAAAGGUGUUGAUAAAUUGACAGCACAAUAUUUAAAGGACAAAAAUAUUGACUAUCAAACAUUUCUUCAAGCUUACUCAUCUCAUCUAAUUAAUCGUAUUCCAAGUUCACUGGCGUCAGAAAACGAUGAUCCUUCUGAAACUCCACCUUUUAGAAUGGUGAAAUUGAAUGAAACACCUAAGAGUCUUAUUCAGCGUGCAUGUUUAGUCACCAGUUGGAUAACAUUACCUUUAUGUCGAAUAAAAGCUGUAUUAAAUUUGACUUCAGUUGUUCCUCUGCCUUGGACCGACAGUUUAUUUCAAUUGAGUGAAGAUGUUUUAAAGCAAACUUGCAUAUCAAAUUCUCAAUCAAAGUAUUUGGAUGGAUUAACGCAGGAGAUGCAUUCUUUGGAAUUUCGUUACAACAAAGCUCGUCUUUAUAAAAUAUAUACUAGGUAUGAAUUGGAAAAUUUCAUUAAUAAAAGUGUUGAAACACACAAUUGUCUUUGGUUGACCGAUCAGAUUAUCUCUCGCAUUCUGAAGUCCACUGAAGGUCCUUUUGGUGUGAAUACAUCUUUCAGUACUCCAAAAAUAUCUAGUGAUGAUUCAGUGUACCGUGAUGCUGUCACCGUGACCAAGAUACUACUUAGUGAAUAUAAGUGGCCCUGGUUAUUGGCUCAACUGUACAUGAAACUAACUCUCUUCAAAACUAUGGAGCAAAAGGAAGCAGACUUAACUAGUGAAUACGAAAGUCGUAUCUCAUUCUUCAUUUCUCAUUUAAAUUUUUGUGCUAAUGAAACACUGUAUCAACUAGUGAAUCAAUCGAAUAAGCUGAAUGAUACUACACAACAGUUUAUGUUUAUACGUAAUUGGUUGAUUCAGUUGGCUUUUCGUUCAUUUAAACAAUUUUUGAAUCAUGGAAAUAUUCUAUUUUCGUUCCAACGUUCUCUAAUCGUUGAUCUGGGUCUGUCGUUGGCUGUUUUGAAAUCGACUUCUGAACAAGAAAAGAAUAUGACACAAAUGAAUUGGAUUAGUUUAAUGAAGUUUACAAAAUUAUAUUUUCCUUCAUCCUCCACCAAUAAUGACGAACACAUUUCAGAUGGAUCAGAAGAAUCAAUUAUUCUACAACUAUUUUCUAAUGAUAAACUUUUACCUGCUUUACUCUCUGAUCGAUUAAUACUAAUAAGACGUUUAACUAAGCUUUAUGUAGAACGUUUAUAUACAUCUACUGUCUUUAAUGAAAUUGAUAAUUUAUUUAAUAUUCCCAUUAAAUUACGUACUUGUUACAGUUAUUUACUUGUAGAUAUUUCUAAUGGUGUAAGAGAUGAACUUAUGCAUUGGGAAUGGUUCGGUUGUCUAUGCUCAACUAUUUGUUCAUCAAUAUUUUCAUGUGAAUCAGAUAAUGACAAUGAUCCUAAUAGUAAUAGUAAGCUAAAUGAUCCUAAUUUAAUCAUUUCACGUUCACUUCAAGUACAAUCUGUACUGAUGAAACUUACCGAGAUAUUGCCAUAUAAUGUCCGUCAACCGUGUGUAUACACUGUCCGGGAUAAAAGUAAACAUGAAAUAGGCGAGAAUUUGACAAAGUCUAAUGACUUUGUAUCAAAAUGUGCUUAUUGCAAUUGUAUUUGGAAUCAACGAUUAGCCCGUUUCGGUUGUAUUAUUGAAUUAUACAGGCAAUCUAUCCUGCCAUUUUUAUCAAAAUCUCUGGAGUUAUUACAUUUCAUGGAAUUAAAUACUUAUAAGUCAAUUAUCAAUAUUAUUCAUACAGUUUUUAAUGCAUUUUCAUCAUUAUUACUUUGGUCUAUUGGAGAGCAUCACUUUAAUUCUCUGAUUGAGAAAAAUUGUGUUUGUCCCCUUCUAGCUUCUACAAAUGAAUUUCAAGCCCUUCGUCAAAUUAUUGAAGCUUUUUCCAAUGUUUUCAAUCAAAUCGGUCGUACCUAUCAAAAGUUAGAAAUGCGUGAUAAGGAUCUACUGGAGUGUGUAUUCUAUACAUCUGUUUAUCAUGAACAAACGACUAAGGAUAUUCUCCGCUCUAGAAUACAUUCAAGUCAGUUUUCCAAAUGUUUGAAAUGGCUUUCAUCUUUAUUGGAAUGCUUUAUUCCGUUUAAUUCGUGUGAUAGUAGCAAUAGAAUUAAUAACAAUGGAAAAGAAGAAGCAGGUGGAGGAGAAGGAGAAGGAAAAGAAGAAGAAAAAGGAAAAGAAAAUGAUGAAGAGGAACAGCUAAAAAAGAAUGAAUAUAAAGUUCUUAUCCAUCGAUUACUAGAAGAUGGUAUGGCUAUCGCUUCAAAUUGGUCAUCAGAAUUUGGUUUAUACUUAACUGGUGCUCAUAGUCUGUUAAUCGGUAUUCUGAAUCUUUUCCAGUCAAGUGUUAUACAAAAUAUGUGGUCAGAUUCGUUUAUUAUUGACUUCACUGGUAAAAGAAUCAAUGAUGAUACCAUUACUAAAUGUCUAAAUCUAUGCGUCAAAUGUUUAUCAUCCAGUUUAAAGUCAGUUUUAAAUCCAGUUGAUGGAAAAUACUUAGAUCAAUCUCUAGCCUUAUGCUUAUCCCUUGCUUUGCCUAUUGAUGAAGCUGACUCCAUUGUUCGUGAUGUUGUUGCUCACAGUAAGCGUACGCCUAAAAAGGUUAAGGCGUUGGCUAAUAUUAUAUUUAUGUUUUCUCAAAUAACCCUGAGAUUUGGAUUAGAGCUACUGCCUCUAAGUCAAAAUAUGGCUAAAAUGUGGACUUGGGAUAUUCUUCUGAAACCAUAUAAAUUGGAUUUCAGUCGUAUAAUGAUGAAUGGAAUGGAGAACACCUUACUGGAGGGAAUACUUGAUAAACUAUGUCGUAUGAUUCCCUCAUGGAAAGAGAAGUCUGCUUAUCUAUUACCUAGUGAUACACACAGUAAAUUAGCACUACCAAAACCGAAUUCAUGUAUUGAACGAUCUCUACCUUCACUUGAAUUGAUUAUCAAAUUUUCAAAAGAUUUCAAUAUACCAUUAAAAGAAUAUUUACUGCGACACUUAAAAGCUUUACUUCGAACAUCUUAUGAAACUAGUGUGAAUUCUAUUCCUCACUUUGAAACACUUAUUCAUGAGAAUAGUGAUCAAUCUUUGUCUGUAUCUACAGAUUCAAUGAAUAAUUCUAAACUACAACGUUUCAUACGUUAUCAGAAACUGUGUUUAUCUCGUGCUCAUACAAUACUCAAGUUAUUAUUUAGAUCUGCGAAACAAUCCAAUGAUCCACAAUCAUCACUUAGGGAUUUGGCUAAAUUAAUUCAUUCAUAUUAUGCCAGUACAUCACCGUAUGAUUAUGAACGUUUGAGUUUCAUAUACUCGUGGAUUCGUGCUUGUGUCGGAAAGGGGAUGAUAACAAAAACACAAAUCAAACUACUGUAUCAUCUACGUUACUAUAGAAGAGUCUGUCCACCUCGUGAUUCGGAAUUCAAAUCUAUUUCUACUGGUGACUGUAAAGGCUUUAUAUUCUCCAAAGGUGGAAGUCAUCACCCUAUGUGUCGAAUUCGAAUGCCGUAUCAUCAGUUACUAACUGAUUCUUUCCCUUGUGAAAUUAUAGGACCAGAGGUUACAUUAUCUACUGUGAACUUUUGGUUAAGUGUGAACAGAAUUAUGCAGUGGUCUUCAUCAGAUGUGAUUAAAAUUGCUGCAGCUCAAAACUUGGUAAAUCAUUAUUCUACUGUUGGUCUUCUACCUAUAACUAAUUCAUAUAACAUUAGUGAAGAGUCAACAGUUUCAAGAUCGGUUGGUUGGGAUAGAGCUUUACCGUGUCAAAAUCUUAUUGAACCUCUGUUUGGCCAACUGUUUAAUCUCUUGGAAUCUGUUACGUCUACAUCAACUGUCUAUUCAUUAUUAUCCGAUCUUGCUCGUCAAGUUAUUUAUGGUCCUCAUAGGUUAAUGGUAUUGAAAUUAGCUCAUGAUUUGGCCGAAGUUUACUUAACUGCUGCUGAGAAUAGAGCCCGUCAAUUUUAUUCUCAAAAUGUAUCAUUAUCUAAAGAAAGUGCUGAGGAUAAAUCUCUUGAUUCUGAUGAUUGUGAGAAUGAAGUGUACAAAAGUGUUCAAUUUGAACAAAAUGCUUUGGAAGAAACGAAAACAAGUUACAAACAAUUAGCUAUUGAAGGUUGCCUUUAUAAAUAUCAUCUAGCUUAUUGGGAAGAAGUAAACAAACCUAUUAAUAGUCCAUUUGAAUUAAUAUUGAAUUUGCUGUACAAAACAGCAUCAUGUUUACAGAGAUCAGCAACUGAUAACUGCAAAUCUGAACUACCUAUAUCCGAUUUAUUUUUACGACGACAAAUUGAUGAAGCUUUACCUAAUAUUGCACACUUAGUCAAUAUAAACUUGAUGGAUAUAGCUAGAUAUGUUAUAGUUAACCGAGUUAAAAUUCCAUCUCAUGUAUUUAAGAAUCAUCAAUUAUUCAAUGAAACGUGUAUAACAAAUCGUAGCUUAUCAUUAGAUAUGACCUUUGGAGCAGGUGAAUUAACUCCUGAUGACAUAAGUUUUAAUGCAACUAUGUACGAGUCACCACUAGAUCGGGUUAGCUCAUCUGCUGAUAAUCAAACGUCCAAUAAUUUAGAACCUACAGAAGCAGACUUUAUGUUGGCAGAGCUUAUUUUAUCACAAGCACAAAUUAAACAAGAAUUACUAUCCAUUCUCGAAGCGUUUGUUUUUAAUGGUACUCCUGACCAAUACAUUUCUGCUAAAUGGCGAGCAACUCGGUGUAUUUUACGUUGUGAAAACGGUUGUUAUUUACGACCAAAAUUGUCAAUGGUUGAACUGCGUGCUGCCCUACUCCGCCUUUCUACACUGGCUUCUUGUUCAACUUCUAUGUAUCAACAGUUACUAUGUGAUGCAUCUGUUUCAUGUACUUCAUCACGAGGUGAUACAUACAGUUCAUUACAUCCUUCACGUCUUGAAAAUAGUAUUAAACAACUUUUAAUAACUUCUUCAAAUAAUUUAACGGCUUUAAAUCUUACAUCUCAUCUUAUUCUUCAUUAUGAACUUUUGUCAUUUCCUAUCUUAAAACAAUUAUUUGAAUCUGUUCAUCACCGUAAUGCACAAGAGGUACUUGAUAUCGCUUUCGUUUUACUUACUUUCAUACAAUCAACAGGUAAUGUAAAUGAAAGUAUGAAAUGGUUCUUUUUGAAUCCUGUCAAGCAAAAUUCACUCCUACAUUCCAUUAUAUCAUCACUUAUUGAAAAACUAUUUCUAAGGAUAAUGACUCCUGGAGAAGGUGAUCCUAGAAAGAUAAAAAUCCAAAUCAGUAGAUUACUCUAUUUCCUUAUUUCAUGGCCAUUUCCAGAUAAAGAGAUUGAGAAUAUUUUUGUUCAAUUUAGUCAUUCAGUAGAUCGUAUGCUUUCACAACAGUCUAUGAGAGUUAGUGAUUUACCUCAACAAUCACCUGUUCUUCUUGCUAUAUUUCUGCAUUUACUUGCAUCAAGUGCAUCAAAUCCACAGGUAUCAGACGAUCUCAAUGCAUAUUACAAGCAGAUUGUUGGAGGCGAAGAUAAACAAAAUACGGUAGAUCUAAUCCGUGAUGCUAUGCGAGAUGGUGAAAUCUUGCUAACCCCCAAAUUCCUUUGCUAUCCUUAA